CCACGCUUCAAAGCAAAAUGGCGGACGUUCUUGAUGUGGAUGUAGAAGACAAAGGGGGUUUUUCGGAAGACGAAGGCGAUGACGGAAUUCAGAGAUUGAAGUCCACUGUCACGAAGCGUAAAGGAAGAGGAUUCAAAGCGAGUGAUUCAUCCUCACGUGCCCAAGAACAGUAUGAAUCCAUGGAAACUGAUGAGGCCAGUGGAACAGGCCCAGCACGAUCUGUUGAAGGUUGGAUUCUUUUUGUUACCAAUGUUCAUGAAGAAGCUCAAGAAGAUGACAUUCAUGACUUAUUCUCUGAUUAUGGAGAAAUAAAAAAUCUUCAUGCCAAUUUGGAUAGAAGAACUGGCUUUCUAAAGGGUUAUGCACUGGUGGAAUACGAGACUUUCAAAGAAGCAGAAGCAGCGAUGGAAGCCUUGAAUGGAUCAGAGCUUCUGGAACAAAAAAUAUCAGUGGAUUGGGCAUUUGUGAGAGGGCCAAGAAAAUCUGCUGGAUCUGGGAGAAGAAGAGAUACAAGGAGAUACUAAACCAUUGAUGAACUUUCACUUGAAGCACUGAUUAGUUUGUUUUUAUUCUCAUCUGCUUUGUAACAAAUUUAUCAACUUGUACAAAUACAAUUCACUACAAGUAGGAUGCACUACACUUUAUUAAAUGGUUAACUGUUAUUCUUUUUCAUUGGAAUGUAAAGAACGUUUUCGUUACAUGUCACAGCUAAAGUUGAACUGUUUGUGUCAAGUAGUUCGGUGAAUGAACAUGACGAUACUGUCAAACAUUGCGUGAGUUCUUCCCACACUGCAAAACAGUGUAGAACAAAUUUUAAUAACAUUUUUGGCGUGUCAGUUUCGCUGAAGCACCGAACGUUAUCAAUCACGUUUUACCGCAUUACGUCACUUGCGGCGUGGAUGUUGACGUUCCUUAUUUCUGCGAUUUGGACCGGACCAAAUCUUUUAUUUUCUUUGAAAAAAUUGUGUUUGUUUGGGUACCAUAUACUUUGAUUCUCGCAUGUACCGUUUGUGGCUGUAACUUUGGUAUUUGGAGAAAGUUUCAACGAGGAAGUUUCUCUCUACAGCAGCAAAACAGAGCUGCUCAAAACAAACGCUUAACCUUACUGCUAGUUUCACUGUUGGCUUUGUUGUUGUAGGUUCCGUUAAUUGUUGUGAACUUUUUAAUCGCUGUUUUUCAGUUUCCAAUCCCCUGGAUGUUUUAUUACAUAAACAUUUUGAAUUAUUUCAA